AUGGAUAAUGUUUGUGCAGAUGACCCAAAUAUGAACACUCACAUAUGUGGUGGUAGUCGCAAAGAAGGGCCAGCAAAAAGUGGUAGUGGUGGCAAUGGUGCUAGCCUUGGCAAAUGUGGCACAUCAUGUUCCAGUAACGACGAAUGUUCUGGAAAACUAGCAUGCAUGAGCAGCUUUUGUGGGGAUGAUCCUGAUGUGGGAACUUCCAUCUGUGGCAGCAAUGGCAAUGAUAAUAGUGGCAGUAACACUGGCAAUAAGAACCCAACUCCUCCAGACACUCCAUUCCCUAAUAUUCCUGAUCCAGAUAUGCCACUCCCCAGUUCUCCCAAUGAAGGUCCAUCUACUAGUGACUCUCCAUCUCUUCCAAAGAAACCCCCUCCAGGGAAACCCAAGUAUCCAGUGCCAUAUUAG